GCUCGGCCGCGAGCUGCACGCGCGCAGCCCGGGGAUGCUGGAGCGGGCGCGAUGGCUCCCGCCAUGCAGUCGGCCGAGCUCCAGUUCGCCCAGCGGCUGGCCUCCAGCGAGAAGGGUGUCCGCGACCGCGCAGUGAGGAAGCUGCGGCAGUAUCUCAGCGCCAGGACGCAGAGCGACACAGGAAGUUUCAGUCAGGAAGAACUCCUAAAAAUAUGGAAAGGACUCUUCUGCUGCAUGUGGGUACAGGACGAGCCCCUUCUGCAGGAGGAGCUAGCGAACAUUAUUUCCCAACUCAUCCAUGUUGUUAACAGCUCCGAGGCUCAACACCUGUUCAUUCAGACCUUCUGGCAAACCAUGAAUCGAGAGUGGCAAGGGAUAGACCAGCUGCGGCUGGACAAGUACUACAUGCUGAUCCGCCUGGUCCUAAGGCAGUGCUUUGAAGUUCUCAAGCGGAAUGCCUGGGAAGAAAGCCAAAUCAAACUUUUUUUGGACAUCUUGAUGAAGGAGAUCCUGAAUCCUGAGAGUCCGUCUCCCAAUGGAGUGAGAUCCCACUUGAUUGACAUUUACUUGGAUGAGCUCUCCACUGUGGGAGGGAGAGAGCUUUUAGCGGAUCAGAACCUCAAGUUAAUUGAUCCAUUCUGCAGAAUUGCUGCCAAGACUAAGGACCACACACUGGUACAGACUAUAGCUAGUGGUGUUUUUGAAGUCAUUGUAGAUCAGUCUGCUUUUGUACCUGAAGAGACUGUGGGAGAGCAGAAAACCAGAGUGGGAGAUGGUGGCCUCCCUGCCGAAGGGAUCCCUGCAAACAAGCUGGCCUGUAGAAAAGCAGGCAGUGGGAAGAAGGCAGCACUGGGCGAUUGCCUCGGAGAUGGAGUCGUUGGCAGAAGAGAAAGAGACAGCUGUGCGGCCUUCAAAGAUUCAGGGUCACCUCUCCAGUUCGACUAUAAGGCAGUUGCUGAUCGACUCUCGGAAAUAGCCAACUCAAAGAGCACCCCUCCCUUCAACCGGAAGCGGCUCUGCAGACUGAUCAGAAAGUUCCAGGACCUCUCUGAAGCAGGCAAUAGUACUCAACUCAGUUUUGCUGAGGACAUUACUGCUGAUGAAAAUGGUCACGCCCUCAGUCAAAGAAGGCACAAGAAAAAAAGAAAGAAGCUUUUAGAGAGAGCUGCCUUGGAUAGGGAGAAAGGAAACACAGUCUCUCUUGAUGGUGGAGAGGACAGUGGAGGCAACAUUCACAAAAAGAAAAGGAAAAAGAAGAGGAGCCACUUCCAGGCUGAGACUGAGGACCUGGAUACUGUUGCCAUGCCCCCAGCACAGAGCACCAAUAGUGAGCCUGACACUGCCCGGAGGCAGACCCCACAGGGGUGUGUGACUGGACCUGCAGCAGACACCAUGUCUAGCAUCAGAGAGAACAGCUCCAAGCCAACACCCAUCGUACCCAUACACAAUAAAAGGAAACGGCCAAGAAAGAAGAGCCUGAGGGCCCACAGAGAGAUCUGGAAACCCACCACGUUACCUCAGGAGGAUGUGUCAGAGAAUGGCCCUGUCGGUGGCCAUCCUCAGAGCUCUGCCACCCAAGUUGCUUCCUCAGGUGUCCAAGCUCAGAAGAGGAAACGGAAACUCGGAGCUCUCCCAAACAGCAGUGGUGCCUUGAUGGUGCAGAAGGCAGGCACCCCCAUAAGCCCUGGGGAAGAUGGCCAGACCAGCCUGCCCCAGUGCAAAAGGCCACAAAAGAAGGCAGUGUCCAGCAGUCUUGACCUCUAUGACCUGUCCAUUCAGAAAACAGCAAUCUUAAAAAAGAGGAAAAAAAUGAAGCGGCCGUCAAACUUCAUGGAGCACAACAGAGUGCUGGAGUCCAGCACCAGGCGGAUCCAAGCCUCGGGAAGCAACAGGACUCUGAAGAAGCCACUGAAAACGGAGGAUGACUUUGUGAAGUUUGACACCCACUUCUUACCAAAGCCCCUGUUCUUCAGGAAAGCAAAGAGCAAAUCUGCCAGCCUUCCCCAUGGUCCUGCUGUCCAGCUGAAUAAAACACCCUCCAGCUCCAAGAAAGUCACCUUUGGAUUGAACAGGAACAUGACUGCGGAAUUUAAGAAGACAGACAAGAGUAUCCUGGUCAGCCCCACAGGCUUCUCCAGAGUGGCCUUUAACCCUGAGCAGAGGCCACUCCAUGGAGUGCUGAAGUCCCCAACCAGCUCCCCAGCCAAUACACUUCUAUCAACCAUGAAGCUACCAGCCACCACUCCAAAGAGAAGGCCAAGGGCUGCGGACUUCUUCUGAGAGCCAGAGUCCCUUUUUAAAGACUGCUUUGAUACUGGAUAUUCUAUAAAUUAUAACUUUUAAAUGUGGGCUUUUUAAUUAUUUUACAAACCCCCGUGAAUGGGGCAAAUGUUCCGAACCUCCCUGCCAGGGCUGCAGGCCAUGGUUCUUGGCUGAGUCCAUGCACACUCUCACCAGAAGGACCGAGUGCUGUCGGUCUAUGGAGCUCCUCUCCUCGGUGCCCCUUGCUGCAUCUGCCACAGUCAGUUGCCUUUCUGGGCAUUUGUAGUCUGUCUUGUGAAAGCAUGUCAGCUUCAGGCCUGUUCUGUGGGCAUUUGCCUGUUUCUCCUAGUGAUGUCUCUUGAAACCGAAUGAGCAAUAGUGUGGUUUUUCUAUGUGUGACCAGCAGGGGAGUGGACAGGUGUGGGGUGGAGAAAAGUCACUCUGUCCAUGAGGCCUUUCCUCCUCUGCCUGGCCUGUUCCUGUCCCUGUCUUCCUACCUCUAUAGCAAGCCCAAAGUGUCUUUUCAGGAGGGCCAGUGCCCCCCAGGCUGCGGGCAUAGUUCUUAAGCUCAGUGAGUGAGCCCAGGGCCUCUGACUGCGCCUGCUUUUUUUCUCCCCUUCGAUGAGGCUUGCACCAGUGUUGUCUGGGCCCCAGGCUCUUGGCAAAACAGGAAGUUGGCUGCCCGGGAGUGCAUGCACUGACAGCUGCCUGUUACCCAGAACACACGCACCCGCAUCCAUAGGUUUUCUACGCCUGUUAAAGCUUGCAUUUGUGCAAGACUUCCAUUGGAACAAAUCUUCUUUUCAGAGCAAAGCCUGCUUGGCAGUUGACCUCUUUUAAGGAAACUACCUUGGGUCUGAGAGGUGACGCCGCUCAGGACAGAGCGGGAGCACAGCAGGGAGCCCACAUCCUGGUUUUGCAGGCUUGACUGGCAGGGCCUCGGCCCUGGCUCUCAAGCACUGGGCAUCCCCGGGGACCACCUACUCUGCAUCCUUGUGCAGUUUUCGCACUGCUGCCCCCCACUGCCCCCCCCCCAUAGAGGACGCAGGUCACUACCACAGGGGUUGCAGAGUUGGUAUGGCUGCCUCUGGCUUCUCCUUCACACAGUCAAGGGGUCCGCUUCCUGCUGUCGGACCAGCUGACUGGUGGGUGACAUUCCUGAUAGGAACGAAGUGGCUGUCUUUGGCCUGCUCACUAAUCAAGUCUAUCAUUAGGCCGUAGAAAAGGGAGGUAUUAUGCUAUUGUCACAAUAGGUCAUGUGCAGCGUAACUUGUGGUUGCAUGGUUACAGUGUGCUCAGUUUGACAGUCAUACUCAAAACUAAAACCUGUGUAGAAAAGGUUAGGCUUGAGGCACAAAUGCUGUUAGCUUUUCAUUCAAAAAGUUCACCAUGUCCGACAGUUUUCUUUUCUGUUUUAAAAGAUGGGUUAUACAACCGAGUGGGUCAUACGGCAGCAGUGGCAGAAACUUCCUCACAGCGUUUUCAUGCCAGCUGCCCACCCUCAGGGACCAGUAAAUAUUCUGGAAGCACACACACCUGCCAAAAAUCACUCCCAGGGCAGAGGGCAACCUCUGAGCGCUGGGUUUACAGGUGGGCACACAUGGUCAUGCCAGGCCAAAAUUUUUGGUUUUAUUUCUUUUUGUUUUUUGUUUUUCGAGACAGGGUUUC